CCCGCCGAGCCCCCGCCCGCCUCCCGCCCACCCCCGCGCCGCCAUGGACGGGGGCGCCUUCGGAGCGGGGAAAGCCGGCGGCGCCUUCGACCCGCACGCCUUCAUCCGGCAGCCGCACACCCUCCUGCGGCUCCUCUCCUGGGUGUUCUCCAUCGUGGUGUUCGGCUCCAUUGUCAAUGAAGGGUACGUGAACCGCUUGCACGAGACAGAGGAGCACUGCAUUUUCAACCGCAAUCGCAAUGCCUGCAACUAUGGCAUUACCGUGGGUGUCCUCGCCUUCCUCAGCUGCCUUCUUUACCUGGCUCUGGAUGCCUACUUCCCGCAGAUCAGCAGCGUCAAGGACCGCAAGAAGGCAGUGCUCUCGGACAUCGGAGUCUCGGCCUUUUGGGCAUUCCUCUGGUUCGUUGGCUUCUGCUUUCUGACCAACCAGUGGCAAGCUUCAAAAGAAGAGGACAACCCAUUGAAUGAGGGAGGGGAUGCAGCCCGAGCAGCCAUCACGUUCUCGUUCUUCUCCAUCUUCACCUGGGUGGGCCAGGCAUUCCUGGCGUAUCAGCGGUUCCGGCUGGGUGCCGAUUCGGCCCUCUUCUCCCAGGACUACAUGGACCCAAGCCAGGACUCCGGCAUGCCUUAUGCUCCCUACACGAAUGAGGAGGAUGCUACAGAUGCAGUGGGGACGUACCAGCAGCCCCCUCCGGCAGAUGCUUUCGACACUGAGACACAGGGGUACCAAACGCAGAACUACUGAGUCACCAAUGCCCCUUUCCCUUCCCCUUUCCCUUCUGUCCCCUUUCCCACUGCCGGCAGAAAGCCGAGGCACAAACCAGAGACGUGCGUAGUGGCACAAGAGGUGGCUCUCAGCUAUGCUCCAGCCUUCUGGGUCAUCUGUUUUUAUUUAUCGUUUUUAAAAAAGGAAGAAAAAAGAAAAAAAGGUUUCCCCAUCACCUCUUCCUUCUCCUCCCCGCCAAAAGUACCUGCCAGAACCAAAUUCUUCCAAAAUCUGUCACUGCAUUGUGACAGGAACGUCCCCCCUUCCCUCCUCUCCCUCCUGCCUUGCUGCGGAGGGCAGAGUCUAGCCAGUGGGCAGGAGAGGGGCUACAGCACCAGCAGGGCAGGGGAGAGGGUGUUGGAGGCAGAAGGGAAGGAGUGAGAGGGACCAGGGACCUUCCUAGAAGAGAUGGUGUCGCUAAAGGCUGGAGUAGAUGUGGGAGCAUCUGAAUUGGGCUGGAUGGCCCGGUGGCUCAGGGAGGGGGACGGUGUUGGAGUCAGCAUGCAGGAGUGCAA